AUCACUGCCGUCUACCACCACUUCGUCGUUGUCGUCUUCACCGUCGACGAGACACUGCAGACAACGUCGAGCUCUGUACCAAACAAUCUUCUACUGUAACUUAGUCUUAUCCUUUGUUUCAUUCUUGUUCUCAUAACAGUAAACAACGCUGCCAUCCAACUUGGCUUCCUCGCAUUUCUUCUGAGGCUAACUGUAUACCGCCAAUUUCCUACUCCCACUCUUUUAUAUUCUUUCUGAAGUCGAACUAGUACAAUGGGCCAAACUCCCUCCAGGAUACAGAUUCGUCGCAAUGGCAUUUCACAAGCGAGAUCUAACCCACCAUCCUCUGAAUUGCAGUCAUCGUCCGAACCUUCAACUCCCGUUCUCACUCCUUCAUCGUCAUCUGUACCAGAACCUCAAAUUACGGACAUCGCAGAAACAAAACGUAGUCGUCGUGCAUCCCUGCCGCACCGCUUUCUUUCAUCGCUUACUCCCAGGACCUCAACUCCACGCACCCGGACAGACAGUUCAGCUACUCAGUCCUCGCAGCGCAAAAAGUGGCGGCUUUCACGACGCAUUUCUAAAUCUCGGACAGCCAAUGACAUCGCUGUUCGUGAGGUUGCAGAACCUCAAGACGAACAGAACGGAUCUCAAGACCCUCCUGCGGAUGUAGAGAGCGGUAAGGGUAAGGCGAGAGAGGAUAAAGCUGUGAAUGACUUUCCAUCAGCGGCAGAAGCAUCAAUAUCCCCUAGUCCACCAUCAGAAGAGGUGGUUCCGACUAUUUCGGGUGGACGAUUGGUUGACCCGGCAUCUGACAUCUCGUUUCAACCUAUUCCCUCAAUUUCUCGCCAUUGCUCGGAGGACGACGAGGAUGAAGUCGUCAUUGGUCCAACUACAGAGUUGAUUGAUCCAUCUCCUCAAGUCCAGGUCCCAACCGUAAACCAGAGCGAAGGCCCGCCAUUCAUGCCUCCGAUUACUCCCGCUGGACCACAGUCUCACGUAGGCACAACUACACAGCCCUCAGGUCGUCAAUUUCCACCUGCGGGAACACUUGUUGUCGUGCAAGGUGUCGUGCAUACCACUGACGUGUCCCGCGCUUCAGAGGUAAAUACCGCCAACAACAACAACUCGAACAAUACGAGUUCCGCGAAUGAUGGCAAUCUGGAGCCACCGGGAAUUUCCAGGUCAUCCUCCAUUACACGCCAACGAUCGUCUUCUACCCCCGGUGAUCGCUUGCGCAAUCGAUUGUCUGGAAUUCUACCCCGCCCUUCCAGCAUGCUACCAUCUGUACCACUCAUGUCAGAAGACGGUGCUACUGCUGCUGAUUAUCCACAGCAAUUACCUGUUGACAUGCAGUCAAGUACGGCCUCCCUGCCUGCGGGGACAGGCGCUAAUGCAGGAGUUGGUCCGCCAGCCUCCGAAACGUCUAGCGCCAACACCGGCUCACUUUCGCCGAGUAGCAUUGAUGUAUUGGGAACGUUGCUCAGUGUCGCAGCAGCGGCAACGGCUGCUUCUCUCCUCACGGGGACUUCCGAGCCUAUUUUUUCUUCUGGACUCGCGCCCUUAUCUCAAUCACCAAAUCAACCUCCUCAAAGUAUGUCAGAUCGGCCUCUAUCGCCUACACCUACGGGUGACGCUGGGCGUAUGCGUCAUGUCUGGAGUAGCUUACGUGACCGCCUUGGUCUACGCACGCCUGGAAUGGGAGCGCCUGGUGCUGAUGAGGGCACAGGUAGACCCAGUCCCCGCGAUGCGCGCGAGCUUCUGCUUACGGAGAUGGCUCGGGCUUUCAAUUUGGGUCUUGGCCUAGGGAGACCGCCUGUUGUUCCUGAUAUGACCAAUGCCAGCGGGCCCGCAGUGCCCGCCGCUGAGCCACCCUCCGACAAUGGAAGUGGGACCAGUGACGUUCCAAUAAUGCCCCCGCCUGGCAGCUUUGAGCGUUUCCUUGUCGAUCUUCAAUCAGAUCUAAGGGUUGCGCUUGCGCAAGACAGUGUCCCUGUUGACGCUGACAGCGAGGGCAAUGAUGAAGGUGUGGGCGACGAAGAUAACCAUGAAGGUGAACGCCAUGAGACUGAAGAUGUGCUGGACGGUACGAGUGACAACGAGUCUCACGACACCGCCGCAUCCGACAUCGAUGAUAACAUGCCUGAACUUCAGAGCGUUUCUGACGAGGCGUCUACUAUCUCGGACGCCCACACUGCCCGGGAGAGCCCAGGCACGAACAAUGACAAUAUAGGACAUAGCGAGGAUCCAGAUUUGGAAAUUGAUAACGCCCUAGUCCAUGAUGCCACAGCAACCUUGCCUCGCAUUGCCCACGCUGACACCCUUUCUGGAGAGGCGGGUAUAGACAUAGGGUCACAGGAUACUUCAUCUGGUUUGUCAGGGUCUCCAACAGGACCUUUAUCAUCUCCUUCAUCUGGUCCCCCAGGUGUGAGUGCUUUCAUUGAGUCCUCCACUGCUGCACAAGAGUCUGCUGAGACAGACAUGCCAUUCCGAAUUCCACGUAUCUCACCUGGUUCUACGUCGCGCACUGAGCACACGCCUAUCAACUGGUGGCGAUUGUACCGUUUCCCUGCUAUCACCGCGCCAGCAAGUCGCAGUACACAGGCGCACACGAUUGUACAGCAAGGAUCUGCCCCACAACCACUACCACACGUGGAUGGCGAUGGGGUACAAAAUGCAGGUGGUCCACCAGCCGCUCCGUCUUCACUUCCCUUUACUCCCUCAGAGAUGCCGGAUACUACGCACGCAAUGCCAGCCGCCGACUUGACCGCUGGAGUACAGCCGGGUAACGGUAAUGAACAACGUAAUGUCGUCAUUCCUGUCAUCGUCGUGGGAUUGCAAUCAGUGCACGCAGAACGUCAAUCACCUAUGCCUCCACAUCCUCACCACCACCUUCAUCCCCACGUCCAUCAUCAACCACCCGAUUUCGCAGACGAGCGCUCCACCGAAGGAGAAAUGAUGGAUUUAGACUUUGGCAAUGAAUCUGGGAUGUCUCCACCAGCCCCUAUUCCUCCUGCUCCAUCAGAGUUUCUACCUGAGGAUACACGACAAUCUCGCGGUCGCUCUUGGCAGUCUCGUGCAGCAGAUGCCAUCAGGAAUUUACGUCCUGGUCGCAGGGCCGCUGUGGCAAGACAGACAGCGUCAGAGCCCCCAGGGUCCAGAACGUUCCUCAUUUAUGUCAUUGGUGGCUACUACCCACCCGAUCACCAAAUUAUCACAGGCGGGAACUUGGAUUCGUUCGAGGCAUUGUGGUGCGUACGCGAUGGAGGUGUGGUGUCGUGCCAUGCUCACUUUCAUGCAGGGAACUGGCCGAGCUACUUGGUCAAGUGAAACCACCCACUGCUUCGAAGGAGGAGAUUGACAAGUCUGGGCUCGAAGUUAUCAAGGCAAAUUCACUUGAGGAGUAUGCAAAGGACGGACGUGUCGCUACUAACUGCGUCGACCGG